UUUAUAAUAUCAACUGACAAAAUUCUAGAAAUGACACUAAUUAAUAAUGCAAGAAAAUUUUGAGUUGUAAUUUUAUUUUAUUUUCUUGUUUCCUUUGAUUCCUUUAUGAUUACAUUUUAUUAUACAAAUCUAUCAAAAAAAUCCAAAUGAAGUCAAAAGCGGGCUUCUAAAGCAUCAGUCUUCGGCCCAUAAAAGCUUAUAUAAAAUGGAAAUUAAUGUUUAGUACAUAAAAACAUCUGAAUUCAUUGUUAAGAGACGAAAAUGAAUUCCACAGCAAAGCUUUUAAUCCUUCUCACAAGUUUUUUGUGCCUGUUUCUUCUCAUAACUCUAUUCAAAUUCCUUCACAAAUAUUGGUGGAUACCUUUACGCAUACAGUACGCACUGAGUUUACAGGGAAUCAAAGGACCUCCAUAUGAAUUCAUCCAUGGAAACAACAAAGCAUCUGUCCAAUUCAGAAAAGAAGCAUUAAACAAACCUAUGGCUGCCUUAACUCACGAUAUAUUUCCCAGGGUGCUGCCUCAGUUUUACUCCUGGACCAACAUAUAUGGUAAGAUGAUUCCGAUGUUUUUCACUUGCAAUAUGUUUCUAACUUCAAAUAAAAAAAAUGAACCCCUUUUUUUUGUUCUUUUAUUAGGGAAGAAUUAUCUUACCUGGGAAGGAACUCAAGCUCAACUGGUAAUUUCAGAACCAGAACUAGUCAAAAAGGUUCUGAAAAAUAUCGAAGGAUCUUUUCCGAAAAAGAAGGCCGAAGGCUUUAUCUAUAAGUUACUUGGGGACGGGCUUCUGACAACCGAAGGUGAAAAAUGGGCCAGGCAAAGGAAGUUGGCAAAUCAUGCUUUUCAUGGGGAGAGCUUAAAAGUAAAACUUCGAACAAAGUCUAUUUCGUACUGACAUUUAAGAAUUAUGAAUUAGUUUCUUACAGAAUGGAUGGUUGUAUUUGGCAGAGCAUGAAUCCAGCAAUAAUUGCUGCCGUUGAGACAAUGCUAGAGAAGUGGAAAGGUCAAGAAGGGAAAGAGAUCGAAGUGUUUGAACAAUUCAGGUUACUGACUUCAGAAGUUAUAUCUAGAACAGCUUUUGGUAGCUGUUACUUGGAAGGGGAGAAGAUUUUUCAAAUGUUGACUAAAUUAUCAAUACUUGCUACCAGAAAUCUCUAUAAAUCUCGGAUUCCUGGCAUCAGGUAAGUUAGUAAGUUAAUUUGUAACGUUCUAAUCUCUCGUCGAGGCUUUAUAAAGAUCUGUUUAAAUAUAUGCAAAUAUUAAAUCCAUAAUGUUUUUGUGAGAUAAAAUCACCAAACUUUCAAGUAAAAUUGAAUAAUAUCUUGGUCUGGUGUGGUCUUCACAUGAUUAAUCUAGACUCUGGAGUUUGCCCCUGAUUUCCAAAUAGAAAGGAAAUACCUAGAAGUCACUUGAGUGCAAAAUCUGAAAUAUGAUCACAAAGGAUUAAGUUUUUUCUCCUUUUCUCCAUGUAUACGGCUUAUACCUUUGUUUGCUUUUGCAGCAAGAUUCGGAAAACUACUGAUGAAAUAGAAUCAGAAAAGCUUGCUAAAGGAAUACAUGAAUGUGUGAUGGAAAUGAUUAAGAAAAGGGAAGAGAAAAUAGUGACUGGAGAAGCUGACAGUUUCGGCAAUGAUUUUCUAGGAUUACUUGUAAAUGCUUUUCAUGAUUCGGAUGACAAAAACAGGCUCUCCGUAGAAGACUUGGUAGAUGAGUGCAAAACAUUCUACUUUGUUGGACAAGAAAUGACUAAGUCCUUGCUCACAUGGACAGUCCUGCUUUUAUCAAUCCAUUCAGAUUGGCAAGAGAAAGCAAGACGAGAGGUGAUCGAGGUAUUCGGUGACAAAAAUCCUCAUUCUGAAGGCAUUUCCAAACUAAAAACUGUAAGCAAAACCGCAAUCUCUGACGAUUUCAAUAGCGUGCAUUACCAGCGUUUAAUAAAUUAUAAAUUUAUUUUGCUCACAGAUGAACUUGAUCAUCUAUGAAACCCUGAGAUUGUAUCCUCCUGUAUUUGCCAUAUCUAGAAAGGUUGCAAGAGAUGUUCAAUUGGGAAAACUCAUUAU